UUUAGUUUAAUAGAGAUACAAACCUCCUCCACGAUCCAUCUUUACCUGCCCAUAGACGCCCCUACCAGUUAGAGGCUCUUAUUUCUAUUUUAAUCUUUCUCCUAACUGUCUUCCACAAGACUUAAAAGCUCGACUGCCCGACAAGCAUCUGUCGCUGUGUUAUCCUUCUUGACGCCAUUGACCAUCCAUCUUCGAAGCAUACAACAUCUUUGGAACCUUCCUUCUAUCAAUCCCUCUUAUACAUUCUCCACGUUACUGUCUUUUGGUCUUUCUGUUUAUCAUCAAUCUUAUACAUCGACCGAAAGCAUAAUGGCUCCCCGACCUGACCUCUAUCCUCUCAAAACGACCAAAGACAUCAUCUUCCCCUCAGAGCUUCAGGAAGCUUCCUCGACAAACACCUCUUCGAGCGAAAACGGACGUGAGGAAGGCAGUGGACCAUCAGUUCCACCUCCUCUAGCCUAUACGGAAUUCCUCAGGGCACUUAGCCCAGCUUUUGGAAGUCCAGAUGGCCCAGACCCAACCACUACACGUUGGUCAUUUGGCAGACCCCUAGGCUCACCUGCUUCAGUUCCAUCAAGUGCAUCUAGCGCUUCUUUUCAACAUGGUGAUGAUGCAAGGGAUAGCUCUACACCAGUUCCUGCUUCCCCGGCUGCUCCUCCACGGUCUGCCAGCUGUGUUGGCUUCGCACGACGUUUCCGUGUGCCACCACCAUACAUUACUUAUGGCCCGGAGACUCCUCAGACACCUUACGUGCCCCAUACACCAAUGUCGCCAGCCGAUUGGAGACUUAGGCGAACCGAGUCAUCAAAUGGCGCCAAUGGAAGGACCAUCACCGUCCAACAUAUCAUCACGCAUACAAUCACCUUGAAACACGCCCCUUCGCUCGACCCCGCACCAAGGGGUAAGCGUAGAAGGACUCAUGACUCUGAAGACAACUAGACUGCUUUACGACAUGUUAGUUUUGACGGGCUGAGUUUUCGGCUACAGUCUAGCAUAAUAGUUAUGCGCCUUGAUCAUAUUACGUUACGAACACAGGUUUCCCUCGCAUAUCUGAUUGUGUUGGAUUUGAUCUUGUUUUUAAUUGGUGUUAGAAAGGUCCCCAACAUACCCUGGUGGUAUGAGGUGUAUACAGCGUGCGAGCAGAUGGAGUUUGAGAUUGUCUUGGCCAUUUAAUGUUAUUGAUCGAAAAAGCGAGCGGCUUACGCACAGUUGACGACGGAUUGCGGUUGCUAUGCUUGGGCUGAGGCGCUUGAACCUAGGCGUUGGUUGUUUGUGAUUAUUGUGACUAGCUGUUAGCCUAUUGAAUUGAGUUACUUGCUGAGCCUA